AUGAACCAGCUGGCAAAAACGUUGGGUUUAUCGUCCGAGCUCGAGUUCUACGACGUAUAUUCUCUAGAUGAACCCGAACUACUCGCACAUAUCCCACGACCAGUCCUGGCUCUGCUGGUCAUCAUUCCACUUACACCGUCUUGGGACCGAAGCCGCAAGGCCGAGGACGCUGGCAAGGAGCCAUACACUGGCUCCGGCCCUGACGAGCCCGUCAUUUGGUUCAAGCAGACCAUUGGCCACGCCUGCGGCUCCAUCGGUCUGCUCCAUAGCUUGAUCAACGGUCCAGCCGUGGACUUUAUCAAGUCGGACUCCGACCUCGCGGCGAUACGAAGCCUUGCCAUACCUCUGGGAAUGGAAAAACGCGCCGAGAUGCUAUACAAUAACGAGCCAUUCGAGAUUGCCCACAAGUCAGUCGAGCAGGCUGGCGACAGCGAUGCGGAUCCCACAAUUGAGCGUGAGGGUGGGCAUUUUGUAAGUUUUGUCAAGAGCGGUGGAAAGCUCUGGGAGCUGGAAGGCUCCAGGAUGGGUCCUCUGGAGAGAGGAAGUCUCACCGAUGACGAGGACGUUCUCAGUCCGCGAGCACUAGACAUGGGCAUCAAGAGGAUCAUCAAGUUGAAUGCAGAUGAUGGAGGAGAGGAACUUCUGUUCAGCUGCAUUGCGUUGGCUCGCAGGUCUUGA